AUGAGCGCGCCAUUUCCCCCCGAAUCUUGUCCAAAUGCUCCUGCGGAAUCCAGAGCUACAACCCCACCAACGGGCUCACGGGCUUUAGCCGACUCGGCCGCAUUGCCGUUGCAGGUCACAGGUUCUUCUGGCGCCUUCCAGGAUCUGCCCUCCAGAUUGCAGCCUUCAGUGGGAUCCCAGCUCACUGCCGCACGUGAUGCCAUUUUGAAUGCUCUUGCAAACGAGCCAUGCAUGCUCUCACGCCUUUCUACCUCCCAGGAGGCACGUGAUGCCAUGAUGUUGUGCUCCGUCAGGUGCUCCCUCAGCGCCUCUGGGAGCAGUGCUGGCACGGUUGCUGCGAGGGGUGCUGUCAGGGAUGUGUGCGCAGAUUGUUCCAACAUGCAGCAGCAGCAGCAGCAGCAGCAGCAGCAGCAGCAGCAGCAUGACGCGAAUAUCAGUGUGGGUGGGAGUGCGAACAGCAGCGCCACUUUCGCCAGCAGCGCCACUUUCGCCAGCAGUGCCACUUUCGCCAGCAGCGCCACUUUCGCCAGCAGUGCCACUUUCGCCAGCAGCGCCACUUUCGCCAGCACUGGCGCUUUCACCAGCAGUGUUGCCUUUGCCAGCAGUGGCGCUGUUGCCACCAAUGCUCGCCUCCCUGAGAUGUCUGCUGCAGGCAGUGGGUCCCCUGCGCAGCAAUCCGUGCAGAGUCUUGAGUCGGCUCAAAGGCCACCUGCGCAGCAAUCCGUGCAGAGUCUUGAGUCGGCUCAAAGGCCACCUGCGCAGCAAUCCGUGCAGAGUCUUGAGUCGGCUCAAAGGCCACCUGCGCAGCAAUCCGUGCAGAAGGAGGAGGAGGAGGAGGAGGAGGAGGAGGAGGAGGAGGAGGAGGAGGAGGAGGAGGAGGAGGAGGAGGAGGAGGAGGAGGAGGAGGGGGAGGAGGAGGAGGAGGAGGAGGAAGAGGAAGAGAAGGAGGAGGAGGAGGAGGAGGAGGAGGAGGAGGAGGAGGAGGAGGAGGAGGAGGAGGAGGAGGAGGAGGAGGAGGAGGAGGAGGAGGAGGAGGAGGAGGAGGAGGAGGAGGAGGAGGAGGAGGAGGAGGAGGAGGAGGAGGAGGAGGAGGAGGAGGAGGAGGAGGAGGAGGAGGAGGGGGUGGGUUAUUAA